UUCCUUUUGGUGGUAUAAAAAGCUCUUCAACCUUUGGAAGCACUGUCAUUUGACUAAGUUAACUCACCUGUUCAAGAUGGUUAAAACCACUCUAAUUAUCCCAUUGCUGCUAUUGGGCUUUGCAGCAGCAGCUUUAGCACAAGAUCAACCCGCUCGUAUUGUAUGCUAUUUUAGUAACUGGGCUGUCUAUCGUCCCGGCAUUGGACGUUAUGGCAUCGAAGAUGUCCCAGUCGAUUUAUGUACCCACUUAAUUUAUUCAUUCAUCGGAGUCGAUGACAAAAGUUGGCAAGUUAUGGUUAUCGAUCCGGAAUUGGAUAUCGAUCAAAAUGGCUUCCGAAACUUUACCAAUCUCAAGAAAUCACAUCCCCAUUUGAAACUUCAAGUUGCUGUUGGUGGAUGGGCUGAAGGUGGCAAGAAAUACUCACAAAUGUGUGCUGUUAAAGAACGCCGGCAGACAUUUAUUCGAAGUGUUGUUGAUUUUAUGAAGAAAUAUGAUUUCGAUGGUUUCGAUUUGGAUUGGGAAUAUCCUGGAGCUUCAGAUCGUGGUGGUAGUUUUAGCGAUAAGAAUUCGUUCUUGUUCUUCGUUGAGGAACUUCGAAGGGCUUUCAAUCGUGAGGGUAGGGGCUGGGAGAUUACAAUGGCUGUGCCAGUGGCUAAAUUUAGACUUCAAGAGGGUUAUCAUGUUCCAGAGUUGUGCGAGCUUUUGGAUGCUAUCCACGCUAUGACCUAUGAUUUGAGAGGAAACUGGGCUGGCUUCGCCGAUGUUCACAGCGCCUUAUACAAACGUCCCCAUGAUCAAUAUGCCUAUGAAAAACUCAAUGUUAAUGAUGGUUUGGCUCUUUGGGAAGAGAUGGGUUGUCCAGCAAACAAGCUUGUUGUAGGCAUUCCCUUCUACGGUCGCACAUUCACCUUGGGCAAUUCAAACAAAGACUACAGCUUGGGAACUUAUAUCAACAAAGAAGCUGGCGGUGGAGCACCAGGACCUUACACCAAUGCAAGUGGUUUCUUAGCUUACUAUGAAAUCUGUACUGAAGUGAUGGAUGAAACCAAAGGUUGGACUGUCAAAUGGGAUGAUGCUGGAAAAGUACCCUACACUUUUAAGGGCAAUCAAUGGGUUGGCUAUGAAGAUCCCAAGUCCAUUCAGAUCAAAAUGGACUAUAUCAAGCAAAAGGGUUAUGCUGGCGCUAUGACUUGGGCCAUUGACAUGGACGAUUUCCAUGGACUUUGUGGGGCUGAAAAUGCCUUGUCAAAGAUUUUGUAUUAUAAUAUGAUUGACUACAAGGUUCCACCUCCAACUAGAGAAACUACUCCAAGGCCUGAUUGGGCAAAACCACCAUCGACUGAAGCAUCCGCAGACGAUGAAAAUGUUGUUAUUCAGCCAACAACAAGCCGACCAAGGCCAAAACCUAGACCAAAACCAACAACAACAACUACGACUACAGCUCCUAAGACUACAAGACGUCCUGUUCCUGCCGUUGUCGCCUCCUCAACCACAACCAGCUCACCACCAUGUUCGACACAAAAACCAAAGCGAACAACAACAACUCAAAAACCAACAACCGCUGAGGAUCAAGAGGUGAUUGACACACCAGUUGUGUCAGACACUGAGAUCGGUGGAACUCAGCCAUCGGCUGAAGUUGAGGAAGAAGAUGAACUGUCAAAGAUUGAUUGUUCCACAAGGGAUUACGUUCCACAUUCAGAUUGUAGCAAGUAUUACCGAUGUGUACAUGGAAAACCUGUUGAAUUUACAUGUAAGCCUGGAACUGCAUUCCACACUCAGACGCAUGUGUGUGAUUGGAUUGAGAAUAAUGAUCGUUAUUAUUGCACACGUAGGAAGAAGACUGAUUUGGAAAACGAUAUUACGAGUUAAGGUGGCUGGGAGAUGCUUUUUAUGGAUUAUUUUUUAUACAAAUUAUAUUUGGGAAUGUCAAAACGAUAAUA